AUGGAAGCUCCUAGAAUAAAUCCAUGUCUUUCUUUGCCUAUAGAUAAAAAAAUUUUUUCCGAUUUGGUUGAUAAAACCAAAGAUUGGGCUCUUAUGCACGGAGCUGGAAUGAGAUCUAAAACAAAUUUUAAUUUAGAUUCAUUAAAUUUUGCACCUUUUGUACUUUUUCCUUCAUCUUUUCCAAGAAGUGAAUUCGAAAAAGCAAUUAAUAUACAAAUAGUUUUAAACGAACUCAUACACAAAGUUGCACAUGAUCACAUGUUUCUCACUGAUACAUUAUCAAGUACAAUUAAAGUAGAUGAAUUCACGAAAAAACUUUUCGAAAUAUAUGAAUGUGUAUACAAUGAAGGAUUUGAACAGGACAUUAACCUAGGACUUUUCCGCGUUGAUUAUCUUCUAGACCACUGUGAACAAACCAGCAUAAAACAGGUUGAGAUGAAUACGGUUUCAGUCAGUUUCGCUGGUGCUUGCACUCAAUUGACGGGUUUACAUAGAUUUGUACUCCAAGAAUUGAAUAGAAAAGAUUUGUUGAAAAAUUUGCCGAGUAACGAUGCCCUCAGUGGGAUUUGUUUGGGAAUGUUAGACGCGUGGAAAAUAUACAACAAUCCGUUCGCCGUUAUUUUGUUCAUAGUCGAAGAUCGAACGUACAACAUAUGCGAUCAAAGGUUUCACGAAUUCGAAAUCCGGAGAUUGAAUCCGAACGUGACCGUCAUAAGGAAAUCCCUGACGCAAGUCUACAGUCAGGGAAGUUUAACGUCUAAGAAACAAUUGAUGGUGGACGGUUACGAAGUUGCUCUCGUUUAUUUUCGAUCCGGUUACGAACCGAAUCAAUACCACGGAAAAGAAGAAUGGGAUGCGAGGUUGAUGAUGGAAAGAUCGGUCGCGAUAAAGUGUCCUUCGAUACACUACCACCUGGCGGGAACGAAAAAGGUCCAACAAGCUUUGGCUCAACCGAAAGUUCUCGAAAAGUUCAUAAAAGAUUCUAAAACGGUGGAAAUGAUUCGCGACACUUUCACGGGUUUGUACUCGUUGGAUUUUACGAAAGAGGGAGAAGAAGCCGUGGAAAUGGCCAUAAACGACCCGGAAAAAUUCGUAUUGAAACCGCAGAGAGAAGGAGGAGGGAAUAACAUUUACGGGAAAGAAGUCAAAGAUAAAAUAUUGAGCAUGAAAAAUUCCGAAGAACGAAUGGGUUGGAUAUUAAUGGAUAGAAUAUUUCCUCCGGUACAAGCCACGUACAUAAUCAGACCGGGUACCCCAGUCAAACACGAUGAAACCCAAGACAUAGUAUCGGAAUUGGGAAUAUUCGGUUGCAUAAUAGGGGACAAGGAUAAAAUAUACGUGAAUCGACAGGUCGGUCACAUGUUUCGAACAAAGCCAUGCACAGCAAACGAGGGCGGAGUGGCCGGGGGAGUUGGUUGUUUGGAUAGUCCGUUUUUAAUAGACGACUGA